UUUGUAUUGAAGUUUAUUUCACACAAAACUUGAUGUGAUUUGAGUUAAGAGACAAUAAUUGUUUUGUUAAUUGAGUGCAAAAUGAGAUCAAAUUCAAUAUCGUAUCCAAUGAUCACUAUUCAAAGCGAUUGGGAUCAAGUCAUCAGAAGACCGGUCGCUAAUGUCUGGUUGACAUCGAAGACCAUCAAUGAAAACAGUGUCCAUCAGACCAUUCAAUUCAAUGAAUCCAAAGCCAGUGACAGUCAAGACUUCCACAUCACGUGUCCAUCAAAUUAUUACUUAAAACUGAUCAACAAAUCAACGAAACAAUUGUAUGGCUUUAUAGCACCCAAUCAUGUCUUCUCAUCGAUUCACAGCAAAUCCGUCUCGAGUAUUGAUGUGACGACCGGAGGAUUGGGAGUGUCUGUCGGCGCCGACAGUAAACUAUUAGUUUGGUCCUCAGCUGACGGAUCAAUACGUAGAGAUCUAAGGGGACACGUCUUUGAGCCAUAUUUCUGUCGAUUCUUUCCUUCGGGUGAAGUAAUACUGAGCGGCGGAUCCGAUAUGCAGCUCAAGAUUUGGUCAGUGAUUACUAGCGAGUGUGCGGCCACUCUGAUUGGCCACAAGAGCGCAAUCCUUGACGCGGCGUUUGUAGACCGCGGACGCAAUUUUGUGACCGUUUCACGUGACGGCUCAUCCAAGUUAUGGGAUUGCAGUACAAGUAGUUGUUUGGAAACACCCAUUCAAUUGAGUGCCACCGAAGCCAUCAAUACGUGUGCCAUUCAAUCCAUGGCAGCCGAUGUAGACCUCGGCGUUCGGCACAAACCUCUUCACGAGAAGGCCGUCGGAACCGAUGGUAAACUGUUAACUGUUGGCACCGAAAAGGGAAAUGUUAUCGGAGUUGGAUUGGAAAGCAAUCAAAAGGUAUUUGAAUUAAAAAACAAUUCAGCCGUGAAUUCAAUCCGAUUUGUGGACGAAUACAGUGUUGUGUUUGGUCUACAAAGCGGUGAAAUAGUAUUAAUUGAUGUGAGAAAUAGCGAAAAUAUUGUUAAGUGUUGGCGGACCAGCUCUUCGCCCGUUCUUUCGUUGUUGUCAUUGAGUUAUAAAGAGAGGAAUGGAUUCUUCGCCGGUCGGGCCGACGGGUCGACUGUCUAUCACUAUUUAGACUCCGAUAACGAGACGUUUCAGUUGAGUGGACCUGAUUUCGACGCAAUCUAUAGUCUGGCCAGCGAUGGGUCGCAUGUGUUCACCGCCUGUAGAGAUAAAUGUAUUCGUAAAUAUGAACUCAAAAUAAUUACCGACUCAUAA